UUUCCGAUUUCGUGUGAGUUGGUAGACAUGUCUAUACCACAGUUUGGUCUGCUUUUCUGUGUCUUUUUUAAGAUUCACCAGACCAACCUUGCGUUUAACCACUCCUAUACUCCAUUGAAUGUUACACUCCAACCAAUUGUUCGUUUUUCUCUUAUCACCACUCAUCCACUCGCGAUGCUCGACUCAACAGGAAGCAUAAAUCGAAUUAUGACAAACUGAUUGAAGCGCUCAUCGAAGUGGAAAAUUGCUUCAGAUGGGACACUUUUUCCUUCCCCCAUCGUGGAUAUCGCUUAACUUCAGUUGCCAUCGGAAUGUCUGCCCAGCCGAACGUUGUUUCCUUCGAGCAGCUUGACAAGGACUUUCAAAGCAUCUUGGAAUCCGUUGAACAGUUGAACCUCCCGAAAGUAGAUGUUUACAGCAUAUUUGCACCUCUUAGGUGGCAUUUGUUUAAAAGGAAAUGGAUUAAACGGUUGAAAUGGUGGCUUUUGCUUGCGGUUUUGAUGUUGGCGAUUUAUUACGUGCCAAUUUUAAACUGGAACGCUUCGGCAGUGGGAAGACUUGUGAUGGUUCAGGUUCUACCGUUCUGGGAUUGGAGACCGCUGCACAACGAAAAAUGCUUGGUGAAGCCAUUUUUUAGUUCAAAAGUUGAAAGUCGCAGUGAAUCUCGGUUUGAAAAUUCCCCUUUCUUCGAGGAGUGUGCAGUUUGUGAAAAUAUUGAAUCCAUUUCAAGACACGAUAAAGUUUCUUAUGAUUUCCUGUACGAGAAACAUUUGCUGAGAAGUUUACCGGUGGUAAUAACAGAUUCACAUCGACACUGGAAGGACAGAUCAUGGGAAAAUAUGUCAAAUUUCUUGGAAUCAAUCGAGCCUCUUCUCCUCAACAACCCUUGUAAUGUGCAAACCAACUUGAUUCUGGACCAAGCACAAAGAAAGGACAACAAAUACGCAAACUUACUCGACAUCCUGUUCUCAUCCACUAGCAACGAUUCGUGGUUUCUUCACUUAAGAAACUGUCAGCUUAAAACGGUCAAAAGCACCAGACUUCUGUUUGAAAGGCCGUACUUUUAUGCGCCCCACCUGGAAAUGCCCUAUACCACGUGGCUGUUACUCUCAAGCCAAUACCACUCAAAAGGUACGAAAUCACUAAAAAUGGACGGAUUGGUCAUCGUGAUGCAGUUGAAGGAAACGCUCAAAGUGAGGCUGGUGCCGAAAGGGGAGUGUUUUGAGGUUUGCAGUGUGCUGGAUGUGGAGCUGAGCGAUGGAGAAGCAUUGCUGUUUUCGACAAAUCUGUGGAAAUUUGAGUACAAGCCGUUUAUGGUGAAUGGUACCGCGAUUACAUUCAUUACGGAAACUGUCACCAUCAGCAAUGGACGGACAUCAUUACGUGCCAUGUCUACAAGGUUUUCAGCUCAGUUACGCCUGUAGUGAUUCUAUUAAUGGUGUCGAACUGUGUUCUGCAACUUGUGCAUGAAGAACUUGUAGAAGAUACCAAUGUCAGCAUUUCUUCAGUAUAUUAUAGACUUUUGAAUAGAAAGUGAAAGUAGUUAUGUGUGUUUACACACACGAUUAAGAUUCUAGUCAGAAACUUCUGUACUGUACUGUUUUAGUUUUUACCGCAGUUUAUGUUGUCUAGUUUUCCCACUCUACGUUACUUGUAAACACACACAUAUUUGAACUCACAGAACACAAACAGAUGGAAAAGGGUCAGUGAACUUGUCCUGACCGCUCAGUUUUUUGAGGGAAAACAUCACAAGAUCAGUCCCAUUCCUUGACAGACCUCAGAACAGGUCAGAACAGUUCCGUUCAGUACAGUAACUGCUAAAUACAGUAUAGUUUAACAGCAAAUAAACAGUGUUUGCAAUAAAUAGUUUGUUUUGUACCGCGA